AUGUAUUUGUAUUCGUCGUUUGACAGAAACGGUGAUCAUCUCAUCAUGUCUGGAAGAGGCAAAGGCGGUAAAGGACUCGGGAAAGGAGGCGCUAAGCGUCAUCGUAAGGUGCUGCGCGAUAACAUCCAGGGAAUCACCAAACCCGCCAUUCGUCGUCUAGCUCGCCGCGGCGGAGUCAAGCGCAUCUCCGGUCUGAUCUACGAGGAGACCCGCGGUGUGCUGAAGGUGUUCCUGGAGAACGUGAUCCGCGACGCCGUCACCUACACCGAGCACGCCAAGAGAAAGACCGUCACCGCCAUGGACGUUGUGUACGCGCUCAAACGACAGGGACGCACCUUGUACGGCUUCGGAGGAUAAACCGCUUCAGAUCAGAGAACAAACCCAACGGCUCUUUUAAGAGCCACCCACACUCUCACUUAAAGAGAUUGCGUUGUUCAUUUUUGCUUUACAUCGAGAACUUUUCCUUAAAAUAAAGGAAAAAAUUUCAGUGAACUAGCAACAGAGACCCAGGUUAUCAAGUCAAGACACCUUUAUUUAUAUAGCGUUUUUAACGAUGCAGAUUAUGUCAAAGCAGCUUUAAUUACAGUAUUAAAUAUGAAAAUAGUGUCAAUAAUGCCAAAGGACAAUAGUAAACGUAAAAGCUAAA